AUGGGUUUAGAGUUGAAGAAACUUGUAACGAAAACUUUGGCCCGAAAGCGAAAGAAGAAAAAGAGAAAAUGCCUGCGUUACAUAGUACAAAUCUUUUGCCCACCAUGCGGUAUUGUAUAUCGCUCGGUGCAGGGCCUCGGUCGUGCUCCUGAUGCUCCCCACGCCGUCAACGUGUCAUUCGUGACAGAGGGCAACGGCGUGGGGGUUUUAACAGAGCCCCCUGUCAGUGCUAAAAGCCUGUUUACUAAGGAAAGCAACCACAAUGCACAGGUGGUUAACAGCAGUGUUUUAGCAGAGGCUCAUUUGACUACCAAUUUGAGCUUCACUGUGCAUUUGGCUGGACAACACAAGGUCACCUGGGAGACCAUUUUGAUGAAUCGAAACCUGUAUGUGGAAGUCCCAAAUGGAAUUCUACCUGAAGGCUCAAAGGAAAGUCUGAUCACACUUCUGGAAUAUGCUGAGGAGAAGCUUUGCUGCGAACAUGUUAUUCUCUGUUUCUGUAAGAGCAGAAGUGACCGAGCCUCUUUGAUCAGGACUUUCAUGUUCAUGGGAUUUGCAGUGGCCUGUCCUGGUGAUCCCAUCAUUCCAAUGGUACCAGAGGUCAUGUACAUGGUGUACAGGAUUGACCCAGAUGACCUUGAUGACGACUAGUUUUCCUUAAUAAAUAUGGCUUUUAGUAUUAUGGGCCAGUUUUUGAAUUUUUCUCCUGAUAUACGUUUUCAAUUGUUUUAUCAAAAACAACCAUGGUUUUUGUUUCAUAAUUUGUAGUUUUUAGUUCACAACUUUAUUUGCAAAUUAGUGGAAAUAGCACUGUAUUGGUCAAGGAAAGUCAACAGAAUGGAAAAAAAGUGUACAGUGAUACAAAUGUGAACAAAAUUGUAAGCAUUGUUGUCAUUUUCAUAUGUUUUUACCUUGUGUGUACACUUUUCUAUCACAUGUCAGAUUGUUUUCAAGUUUGGAUUUAUGAACAAUUUUUUUGUACACAUCGAGCAUAGAGUCAGUGCCACUUGAUCAAAUUCCAUCAGGGUGUUUUUUUGUUUUUGUUUUUUGUUUUGCAAAAUAGCAACAGCUUAACACUGUAGAAUGUUUUCGUGCAACGGUUUAAUUUUUUUUCCCCACUUUUUAUUUUUAAUUCUAAUGUCCUCUGUCAUGAAUAGACAUGUAUAAAAAAAUCAAGAAAAGAAAAUGUUUUGAAAAACGAAGAAAAAAAAAAAUGAAAAAAAUAUUUUAAAAAUGAAAAAAAAAAUUGAAUGUCAUGUACUAUGUAACGCAGGCUUUUUCGUUUACAUCUUUGAAUUUAUUUCAAAAAAAAAAUCAUUGUAACAUAAUUUUUGUGUAGAAACAUUUUUGCCUUUAAAUGCAAUGGACCAUUAUCAUUUUCAGUCACUAUUGUUUUCAUUUUGUCAAUUCUGUGAGAACUUCAAAACAACAUACAAUUUUUGAUUGUUACAUUUUUUUUCACUGGAUUGUGUGUAAUUUUCCCUUUUUAUAUUUCGAAUUCCUUUACAAAUGUUUGGAGUGUUUUUAUGAGAUUUCAUUUAACAUACAUGUAUGGUGAUGUAUUUACAUGUAUAUGUAAUUAAUGAUCGAGUUGUAAAUUAUUAAUUUUCUUUUGUCUUCUUUUUCGUUUGUUUGCAAAAAUGUUUCUAUAUAAAUUUGUUGUAAAAUAAAGCACAAUGAAAUUUU